AUGGGUCCAUGCUCAAUAUUAUGUUGCAAGAAAGAUGAUAACUAAGUAGUGGAAAAGUAAAUAAUUACUGAGAUUAAUCAUGCUUUAACAACAGAAGAUAGAAAAGUGACUGAAUUUCAAGAGAAAAUAACUUCAAUUAUUAAAAUAUAAGCUCAUUAUAGAGGACAUUCUGUUAGGAAAAAAAUGAAUUAAUAGGAAAGCAAAUAAUUUAUCAAGGAAAGUUCGCUUUCAAAUAGAAUUUGUAUUAUCGAGGCAAUAAAAGAGGAAGAUUAAUAAUUAAUUAAAUAAACAGAAAAAAAUUAAGAGCCUGUAGAAUUGCCUGAAAUAGAAAUGGUUGAUGGAAGUAAAUACAAAGGAUAAUGGAUGAAAGGGUAGAGAUGGGGCUUAGGAAGGCAUUAAUGGGCUGAUGGUUCUGUUUAUUUAGGAGAAUGGAAACAAAAUUUCGCUUGGGGAAGAGGUAAAUUAAUGCAUGCAGACGGAGACGAAUAUGAGGGAGAAUGGUAAAGAGAUUAGGCAGACGGAUUUGGUAUAUAUAUUCAUUCAAAUGGGGCUCGUUAUGAAGGUUAAUGGAAAGAUGAUUAACAGAGUGGAAAAGGUAUAGAAAUAUGGAAAGAUGGUUCAAAAUAUGAUGGAGAAUAUAAGGAGGGCAAAAAACACGGAUAUGGACAUAUAUUUUUUGCAGAUGGUUCAUAGUAUGUUGGAUAAUUUUUUGAAAAUUAGAUACAUGGAAAUGGAGAAUAUACUUGGUUUGAUGGGAAAUCUUAUAAUGGUUAAUGGAAGAACAAUAAAAUGGAUGGAUAUGGUACGAUGACUUGGGCUGAUGGGAAAAAAUAUGAAGGUGAAUACAAAAACGAUCAAAAGCAUGGAUUUGGGACAUUCUACUGGGGAGAUGGUCGUUUCUAUUCUGGAUAAUGGUUUAGUGGAAAGUAGAACGGGGAAGGAGAGUACACAACAACUACAGGUGAAAAUAGAAGAGGCUAUUGGGAACAAGGCAAAAGAGUCAAAUGGUUAUGA